AUGCAUAGACCGGAUUUCAGACAACCCAGUCCGGGCGGAAUGGGGUCCCGAGGAGGUGGUUUCAGAAGCCCGACAGGAUUCGACAACAGCGGGGUGGGAAUGCUUCCUUCGCCGCCGUGGGGAUUCCGUGGUGGUCCCCCUCCGUCUUAUGGACCACCUAGAUUUGGGCAGUUUGAUAAUGCCUCUCCAAAUACUCCUCCGAGAGACUUUGGUGGUAACGGUAACGGUAAUAGGGGUUAUCACGGUGGAAGUGGGGGUAAAGGGAGAUUUAACAACAACGGCUCAUCUCCGGCGUAUACACCGCGUCGACAGAAUCCGAGUCCUCGUGGCGCUUCUUACAGAAAUUCUCCAUAUCAUUCACAAAGUCCUGGACAACAUAUGGGUUAUCAGGUAACUAUUGAAUGUUUUUGCUGCUUAGACUUGGUGACUAAGUAACCCUUUGUUAUAAAUUGUCAUAUUUUCUUAGCGCAUCGGGUCUGUGUACUCGCAGCUCCUGCUUUGUGUCGCCUAUUUCCCCACAAUUGACACUUGCACGGUGUAAUUAACGUUACACAUUUGAUAUAACAAAUAUAUGUCUGUCCAACGAUAACAUAACAUAAAUGAUUAGUGAGUAGAAGACUGAAACGCCACUAUUUAACAUCAGUAUGAUUUUGAAUAACUAGUGUGUUUUGUCAUUUUUAGUUUCGAUAACACGACGCUCGUCUUUCUCUUUUUCACACGUUUCUGUAAUUGACCUCGACGCCCCACCAUGUAUUUAUUUCUGAUAAUUCGUUUAGUUUCGAUGUCUCAUAACAUGGUGGUUCUUUCCUGAAGGGUUCCCCUCGGCAUUCCACUCCGUUUGGGUCGCGUGGUGGCAGGGGCGGCCAGGGGGCACAAGGUGGUGUGGAGAAGUUUUACAACCCGUCUAUGCUGCAGGACCCAUGGGCUAGCCUACAGCCAGUGCCGGUCACAGACACAAGCAGCUCCCAACAGCAAGCCACACAUACAGGCAGGCCAGGGAGGUAUUUCAACUAG